AUGCCAAAAUCGGCCAUCGCCAUAGUCCCUCCGAAAAAGGUUAUCCGAGCGCUAUACGACUAUACGGCUCGCACCUCGCAGGAGCUGAGCUUUUCCGUAGGCGACUUCUUCCACGUUAUCGGCCGCGAGGACGACCCCGACUGGUACGAAGCAUGCAAUCCGGCCCUGCCAGAUGCGCGCGGCCUUGUGCCCGUCGCCUUCUUUCAAGCCCUUGGCCGGACCGAACGAGACAGCUCCCAGUCCGAGGGCAGCGCCGUUCGCCCCCCUACGGCCAACAAGACACCAGAUCACGAUUCUGGAUACAGCGACGCUUCCCCCACAUCUGCCAAACCCAUCCAGCGCCUCUCAAAAUCUGGUGGCAAGGGCGGUGCCAUGGUCUACGGCAUCGUCAUGUACGAUUUUGUCGCUGAGCGAGCGGAUGAACUGAAUGCCAAGGCUGGCGAGGCUAUCAUCGUCAUCGCCCAAUCGAACCCGGAAUGGUUCGUUGCGAAGCCCAUCGGCCGACUCGGCGGCCCUGGGCUAAUCCCCGUCUCCUUUAUCGAAAUUAGAGACAUGGCCACCGACAGGGCCAUUAGCAACCCAGGCGACGCCAUCAAGCAGGCAGGCGUCCCUCGUGUUGAGGAAUGGAAGAAGAUGGCGGCCGAAUACAAAAAUAGCAGCAUAACUCUCGGAAAGUUCGAGGCUGGUCAACAGCAGAUGGAACAGGGCAUGAACCGCCUCAGCCUCCAACAGCAGGCGGAGAGUCCAGCUGCCAGUCAAAACCCUCGCAUCCAGUCCCAGCAGGCAGCCAACCACGUCAGUAACUCAACAUCCGAUCUCUACGCCCCGAUCCAGGCCCGAAUCCCUCGUUACUGCUUUGCCGAGGGAAAGUAUUGGUUCGUCAUUGAGGCCAUGUUGGAGGACGGCCGACACUGGGAGCUUUCGCGAUAUUACGAAGACUUUUACGACUUCCAGAUUGCACUGCUGACUGAGUUUCCCAACGAAGCUGGCAAUACGGGAGCGCAAAAACGAACACUUCCAUACAUGCCUGGGCCUGUCAGCUACAUCACCGACGCCAUUACGGAAGGUCGCUUGCACAACCUGGACGCAUACGUGAAAAACUUGCUGGGCCAGCCACCUUAUAUUUCUCGUUGCACCCUGGUCAAGCAAUUCUUUGCACCUCGGGAGGGUGAUUAUGAGAUGGAAGGCCCUUCCAACGGCCAAGAAUAUAGGGAUUCGCAAGACUCACAACAUUCAUCUUCGGAAUCUCCCAAAAACGGCGACCCGCGACACGAUUCUAGAAACAAUCUCAGUGGUGGCGGCUACGGGGGCCUUCCCUCGGCGCCACGCCAACUCAGCGGCUCGGGGCCAGGUGGCCAACCAGCGCAACUGAUCAAAGUCAAGAUGUACUACGGCGACGACCUAAUUGCCUUACGAGUGCCACGAGUUGAUACGCGCAUGGACAAGGAUGCCCAGUUCAAGAAGCUCCAAGCCGUUAUUGUGGCCCGCUUGGAUGUGUCAGAUCGAGAUGAGCUUCAACUGUUCUCUCUCAACGAGCAGACAAAGCAGCCGACCAACUUGAUCAGCGCCUACGACCUCGAGUCUGUUCUCGGCAAGUCAGACAAGCUGCUUCUGCGCGCCGAGGUGCUACGCGACUAG